AUGUCGAGGCGCUCAUUCAUCACGAACAUCACGCCUCUUCCGCAGCAUAUUACGCGGGACAGAGCGCUCGCGUUACUGCACGACCACCAGGAGAUGAUACAGUUAAAUCCGCUCGUAGUUGGAUUCGAACGAACGAAGGCGCACCCGAACGCAACACUGGAAGAAGAGCACAAUUGCAUCUGGUAUGAGAUUACGGAUGUCGUUCAUUAUCUACCUGGCGGAGUCGCCAAAGGUCAAAUCAAAUACAAGGCUGGUUUCCAUAAUUUGCCGGAUGGCAUACAAACGCACUGCUUUGCUCCAGCCGGUGUUGAUCUGAAGGCACGUUGGCGAGUGGGUGGAAACGUCUUUGGCCAGAAGCCAGAGCCGGCAGAGCUGGGCGUCAACAAACCGCGCGAGGGUCUCUAUCUACGGGAGGAUGUGGAGAUACGAUGUAAUGUUUUACUAGGAGGAACAGUCAAGGGCAAUCUCAAGAAGUCGCACGCGGUGCUUGUGGAGAGGCUAUUA